AUGGAAGAAUUGAGCCAAAAAAUACGAUCGAAACCCCAAAUCUAUAGUCUAUAUGCUGUGCUUAUCCUCUUCCUUUAUAUUCUUUUCCUCUUUAGGAAAAUAGAUGCUGGCUGUUUUUCUAUGGCUACACAAACUAGUCAUGUCUUCCACAGUCAAGAUAAUAACUUUCUGGAAAAUCAUUGCGUGAGGAAAAACAUGGACAGACAUCCAAAGAAGCAAUUGAACCAGAAGGUUAUGAAUGGACUUGGCCAAGAUCCAGACGAUGGAUUACUGGUCACACACAUUAACCAGACACAGGACUUACUGAGGCUGCAGGGGAGCGAGACCCAGUCUUCAGCUGGGGAGGACUCUGAAGACUGGCUUUCAACUCAUAGUUUAAAAUUCGAGAAGCUCACCUUAGCUGAUCUGAUCAAUCAGGGCACAGCAGUGCUGGAAGAAGGCAGCAAUAUCAUGCAGAAAGUGCAUUUCUCCAGCCAGACCAUCUGCCAUUUUGAAUCAAAGCUUUCUGAAGUUAUUGAAGCCUACCAGCAGAGAAUGCAGUGGCUCGCAGAAAACAGCAAGAAGGCCUUUGGCCUCAUCAAGGGGACCAGAGUCGGGAUUCUCGUUGAUGUGUCAGCCGCCAGCAGUGGCCCUCAGAAAGAGGAGUUCCAGAGUGACCUCGUGAGCCUCAUUGAUGAGCAGCUGAGCCAGAAGGAGAAGUUGUAUGUCCUGUCCUUCAGCAGCACCGUCAGGCCCCUCUGGCCAGAGCCUGUGGAAGUCAGUGCCUCCACCCUCCAGGAGCUCAAGCUCUGGGUGAAGGACCUGCAGCCUGACGGAGGCAGCAAUUUGCUACAAGCCCUGAAGAAGGCCUUCUCUCUCAGGGAGCUGAAUUCCCUGGUGACUAUAAUGAGAAGCUGCCCAGAUCAGCCUUCUGGCAUCCUGUCUGAUUACAUCCAGCAGGCCACAGUGGGAAGGGGCAUCGCUGUCCAUGUCAUCACCUACAGAUGUGACAGUCAGGUGCCCUCUGCAGUCCUGAAGAACCUUGCUGAAGGUCUUGGGGGUGACUACCACUGCUACAGCCCUGAGACAGAGCUUUACAGCAGCCGGGACAUGGAUGAGCUCCUUGCAGAAAUCCAGAAGGCCCAGGGCAUCCUGGGCCAUGUCCAAGCCCUGCACCGCAGCAGCCCCAGCGAGGAGCUAACCUGCAUGGUCAACGAGAUUUCCACGGAGGUUGCAAAAGGGCCGCUCAUAUGUCUCUUGCCGAAACCCCCAAAGCAUGAAGCUCCUCUCACCAUUGAGUUCCCAAACUUGGACAAGACUUCUGCAGAAUGGCUAAAGACCAAUGGCCUAAAAGCCAAGAAAUUAAGCCUUUAUCAGGUUCUGGCACCCAACGCAUUCUCUCCCGUGGAAGGAUUUGUGCCUAUUCUUCAGAAAACGGUAUCAUCAACUAUCCAUGAGAAGGCAAUGGUACAAUUCGAAUGGCACGACGGGACAGUGAAGAACCUCCAUGUGGACCCACCCUUCCUCUACGAGUACCAGAAACAGCUCAGCAGAGCAAUGCGCACGUAUGAGAGAAGGAUCGAGUGGCUCUCUCUGGCCAGCAGAAGGAUCUGGGGCACUGUCUGUGAAAAAAGGGUGGUUAUCCUGCUCGAUCUCUCUGGGACCAAUUCCAUGUACAUUAUUCAUAUCCAGCACUCCCUGCGCCUGCUGUUGGAGGAGCAGUUGGCCAACAAGGACCACUUCAACCUCAUCGCGUUUGGAAGCACUAUCGAAAGCUUUAGGCCAGAGAUGGUUCCCGUGACCCAGGACAACUUACAAAGCGCCUGGCGGUGGGCCCUGACCCUGCGGUGUGGGGGCAGCAGGAACGUCCUCAGCGCCCUGCGGAAGGCUGUGGAAGUGGACUUCAAGGACAAGGACAAACACCGAUCGCAGGGCAUCUACCUCUUCACAGGGGGCAUCCCUGACCAGGACAUGCCUACACUGAGCGCCUACCUGGCUGAGGCCUGUGGGGGCUGCGACCUCUCGCUGAAUGUGUGUCUCUUCUACGUGGGCGAGCCACAUAUGGACACUACACCCCCCGCCUGCUAUGCCAGCCGCACCGACACUGCUGCUGCCUACAGGGAGGUCACCCGGGCUGCUGGUGGCCGCUUCCACUGGUUCGGAGACACAGGCAUCUAUGAGAGUGAUGACAUCAAUUACAUUGUGUCUGAAAUGGAAAAGGCUCUCAACUACUCCCAAAAGUGUGCCUUGCUAGUGGCCUCCCUGAAGAACCAUUCAGGAAAAAAACUGGAAAGUGCAGCCGUUCCGAAAGGAGAGCUGAAGAUGCUCAAGCAAAGAAGUCAGUCCCAGAAACUCUGUCCACCCAAGCCCGCAGGCCCCUCCGCGGCCAGAAUGAACAUUCCAGGUGACCCUGACAGAGAGAAGAGCCCCCCCUUGAAAUCUCUGAAAUGGUAUCCACCCAGUGGCAGAGCGGGCAUCUCACCAGUUGCAGCCCAGCCAGGGAAAGAAGGGACGGCAGAACGGAGGAGGAAGACCAAGUCAAGAGAAGCAGAAACAUCCCUCUCACUGUUCUAUAUGGAGACGGGGAACAACGUGGGUUCCGUGUAUAAAAAGUACCCUCUAAGAAGGAGUGUAAGAAGGACUAACUCUUCAAUCGACUUACCCAGAAAGGAUACAGUUUGCUCAAGCCAAGAGUGGGUAGCAAAGUAUGGACUAAAAAAGCUGAAGAUGGAGCUCUCCAGAUGCGUCGGUCCCCGCUGUGCUCAUCAAAAAUCAGCGCAGAGGCCAACGUCGGCCAAAUACUGCAGCGUCUUCCCCAGCAUAGAGAUCAAUGGAGUGGUGAGACACCUUCAGUGGACGCUCAGGGAAGUGGAAGUGUACAUUGCGUGCUUGGAGAAGGUGAUGAGGCGCUACGUCCAGAGGCUGCAGUGGCUGCUGUCUGGGAGCCGCAGACUGUUUGGCGCCAUUUUGGAGAGCAGAGUGUGCAUCCUGGUGGACACAUCGGGGUCCAUGGGCCCCCACCUGCAGCAGGUGAAGACUGGGCUGAUCCUGCUGAUUUGGGAACAGCUCAGGAAGCACUGUGACAGUUUUAACCUGCUCGGCUUUGCAGAGGGCCUUCAGCCGUGGCAGGACACUCUGGUAGAGACCACGGAUGCAGCAUGUCAUGAGGCUAUGCAAUGGGUGACCCACCUGCAGGCUCAUGGGGGCACCUCAGUCUUGCAGGCAUUGCUGAAAGCUUUCAGUUUUCACCACCUGGAAGGACUGUACCUCCUGACUGAUGGGAGGCCAGACACAAGUUGCAGCCUUGUUCUGAAUGAAGUGCAGAGACUCAAGGAGAAAAGAGAUGUGAAAAUCCACACCAUCUCCUUGAACUGCUCAGACAGGCCAGCGGAUGAGUUCUUGAGGAAGCUGGCUUCCUUCACUGGGGGGCGCUACCACUGCCCUGUUGGUGAUGACACGCUCUUCAGAAUUCACGGCCUGUUGACCAAAGGCUUCAUCAAUGAAAAGGACCCUGAGUUGCCACAGUUUGAAGGAGAUGAUUUAAGAAGACUGGCCCAGGAGGUCACCAAGGCCAGGAGAUUCCUCUUACAGGCCCAGUCCUUCAGAUCUCAAUUCCAGAAGAAAGACAACGUGGAACCAAAGGUUGGUCUUUUUUUAAGAAGUGUUCUCAGGUCCAAGGUUGUCACUCGCUGGGAAGACCUGCCUCCAUCCCCCUUCCUGAACGUCCUUCUUGUCACACUCUGCCUGCGCCCUCAGGAUGAAGUGUUCUCCUGUCCAUCUGCGCAUCCCCAGAACCUGCCACAUGGCAGACACAAACAGCACCCAGCUGAGUUCUGGGAACCCAGCUCUGGAAACUGGCCCAAUACCUUGCUUCUACCCUGAUCCUCUCUGUGCUCGCCACAAUCCUGAUCCUCAAAGGCCAAUGCAGAUUCACUGUCAGCCCUUCUUAUGGAAAGAAGAAACAAGUGAUCCUCACUACCCUGCACCCCUGCUCUACCGUACGGAGCUAAAGGCCACUCUGGAACCCAGUCCAGAGCAAAAUGUUCGGCUCAAACAUGCGAAAAUCGGGCUGGUCUUCUGAGCACAGCCCUGCUGUGUACAUAUAAAAUGAAUGUGUCAUAUAUAUGCUAUCUGAGGACAUUUCAUAAAAGAAAUGAAAGGGACAGCUUUUAUUUCA